UGUUCUCCUCUCGACCUAUCCACCUUCCCUUUGGAUCGCCACCUUCGAACAAUCAUCGUCCUUUUACGGCAAUUGCUUCCUGCCUCAUUAUCCACUGACCUCGCCUUCUGCUAAAGGCAAGCAGUAGUACAGCCAACGCAGAAGAAAAGGUACCUGUACACUCCAGGCAGUAGCAGGACCAUUUUUUAAAAUAUGGCGCCCGACCCCUCCGUUGUCAUUGUCGGAGCCGGUAUCGCAGGACUUGCGCUGGCGAUCAUGUUUGAACGUGCAGGGAUGCAUCGGUAUGUGAUCCUGGAAAAGGCGCCUGAGGUUCGCCCGUUUGGUAGCGCGGUUGCACUGAGCGCUAUCAUGCUGCGGUGCUUUGAGCAACUGGGCUUGCUGCCCGAAAUCAUCGCUGCGUCCAAACCUGCGGUCGGAAACGUAUUCUUGGAUGGCGAUCUCAAGUAUAUUGGGAAUUUUAGUUCCAUCUUUAUCGGACAACGAUAUGGAUACUUCAACAUCGUCAUCCCUCGUCCAGACUUCCAUCUGAUCCUGUUUCGCCAUAUUUACUUUUCCAAAAAAGUGCUCUCCCUGAACCAGACCUCCGAGAGUGCCCAGGUCCGCUGCUCCGACAACUCGGUCUUCUAUGCCGAUAUUGUCAUCGGUGCCGAUGGUGCCUACUCGGGUAUUCGGCAGAGCCUCUACAGAUCAAUCCAAAAUGCCCCCAGGAACGUGGCUCAAUUAGGUAGAGGGGGUCUUGCUUCCGCAUUUAAGAAACGAUCGUCCAAUGGCUCUGGUGGAGGCGGUGUUGGCCACAAAGGCGAUAUUCGGUUACCAAAGUCGGACCAGGAGCCGCUGAGAUUUGACCAGCAUGCAGUAGUUGGGCUCACGAACCCCUUGGACCCAGAGAGGUAUCCGUUUCUGAAGGACAAGAGCUGUCAGGUCAUCACCAUUAUAGCAAGAAAUGGAGUAUCGACAUGGCUGUUCCCAAUGACGAAAAAUCGAAUCUGUUGGGGUAUAUCCUCUCGGACAUUCGAGACGCCUUCAGAGCAAGAGCUGGCAGCCAAGGGCCUCUCUGCCAACUUCAAGGUCUCUGAAUGGGGUCCCGAAUCUGUCGACAAGAUCUUGGACCUAGAUUAUGUCAAGAACCAGAAGUCGCCUUACGGUGGAACCAUGCAGGAUAUCUUUGAUCAAACCGAGAAAGGCUCACCUGUUAGAAUCAUGCUUGAGGACAAGGCAUUCAAGACUUGGUAUUAUAAGAGGACAGUUCUCGUGGGUGAUGCCUGCCACAAGACCAUUCCGUUUUCUGGUGUAGGGGCCUUGCAUGCGAUCCUCGACUGCAUCACCCUCGCCAACGCCCUGUACGACAUGCCCGAUGGAAACGCUUUCACGCUCGCAGACAUUAAUCAGGCCUUCCAGACCUACUACGCCCAACGCGUCGAGAGCGCCGCUGCGGCUGUCAAAGGCUCCGCGCAGGUAUCUCAGUUUCUGAGCCGCACAAGUGCCGUGGGCCACAUGAUCCGCAAGGCGACCAUUGCCAGCAUGCCCGAGUCCAUGAUCAUGAUCGCGGCUGAUCGCAUCUUUGCCAAGCGUCCCAUACUAAGCUAUCUACCAUUCAUACCCGACUAUGGUGCCCGCAAGAGCGUCCCACAGUCACUCGGACGUAGAGAUCGCGAGGAGCUCGAGAUGCUUAGGGGGAAACAGAGGCAACAGAAGGCCGAAGAGGUGCUGAGACAGAAAGAGGAGAAGCAGCGUAAAGUAGCGUCAUCCCCAAGGUCUGGGCGGGACCUACCCAAGGAUAGUGCCAACAGGAUCUUGCACGCCGCCACAGCCUCGUCAUUUGGAAGCUCUCCCUCAGAACGGUCCUCACCCCUACCGCGGCACAACUUUUUGAGCGAGAACACGUCCGGACGAUCGGUUGUGUCUUCCUCAUUGACCCCCUCAACGGCCUCGAUGGAUCGGUUUGCGGUCUCAGGCGAGAGUGAGAACAUUCCCCCGAAUCAACAAGAGUUCAUUGUGAGUAACAGUGACCAGUGGCUAGAGUCGGAUGCUGCCUCAGAUUCUGCGUCCAUGUUCUCGUUUUCGAGUCGAUAUACCCUCCCAUACGACGCCGAAGAGCUUGCAUCCCAGUAUUAUUCUGGCCGGAGAGCUAUCUAUCCGUAUGUGGAUCCAGGUGCCGCCGCACAUAACGCUGGAGAGAGGGCCUCAACUGGGUCAGUGAUGUCGGCAUUGUGGAGGAAAUAUGGUAUUCGCGGAACGGAAUCGUCGGCGUCAUUAGCUUCAUCAUCGGCGAGCAGUCGCAAUAUCACUCGUCCAGAUUCAAUAACUGGUAUACAUGGUGAUGACAACGGCCAAGCAGAGCAUAAAGAUAUCGCUAAGGCUGAACCGGAAACGUCGCCGUUGAGGAAUAGAGCCACGGCACCCGAGGAGUCCGCAGGAUGGAAGCGUCUGGAUCAAGAGUUCAAAGAGCAGAACGCGAGAGCAUUGGCGUAUUACUACGAUAUUGGAUCAAAUGACGCUGCGACAACAGAGCACGAGCUACCAGUUACAGUAGAGGCUGCUGAAUUAAGUGAUGGGCAAGAUCAGAGCAGAGUAUCGACGGUGCGGUUCGGAGUGCAGCAUGACAUCGCGGACCAGAGUAACAUAGGAGUCAAAAGACAAUGAUGAAGCCACAGAUGCCGACGUGCAUGCCACUGCCAAGUAAUUCUAACUGUUCUAGGAGUAAUAGGCGAAGUCGUUUAAUAUUAUUCAAUAAAGCAAACAUCUAAACUGAA